UCCACAGCUUUGAUUUGGGCACUUUCUGCCCCAGACCAACAUGGGCAGCUGCUCCCCGCGGCAGCACCUGCUCCUUUUGCUGCUGCUGCUGAUGUUGCUGCAGCUGGCGGCGGCUGUGGGCACCCAGGAGGGCGCAGGCCUGGCCGAGAAGCUGGCCCCGGAGGCAUCCGCUGAGCGUCCCCCAGAGGAAGAGGAAGAGGAAGAGGAAGGCGUCCUGGUCCUCAAGGAGGAGAGCUUUGCCCGAGCCCUGCAGAAGUAUCAGCUGCUCCUGGUGGCGUUCUGUGCUCCCUGGAGCGAACUCUGCCAAGCGCUAGCCCCUGAAUUUGCCAAAGCUGCAGCGGUGCUGCAGGAUGAGGCCCCGAGGCUGAGGCUGGCCAAAGUGGAUGCCACGGAGGAGCGGGCCCUGAAGGCAGAGUUUCGGGUGGCUGGGUACCCAACCCUCAAGCUGUUCCGAGGCGGGAACCGCAACCAGCCCACAGACUACAGAGGCGAGAGGGAGGCCGAGGAGAUGGUGCAGUGGCUGAGGCAGAAGGCCGGGCCCAGCGCCAUCCUGCUGGAGGACGCCGACGCCGCCGCUGCCUUCCUGGAUGCCCACCCAGUGGCUGCCAUUGGAUUCUUCCGCGACCGGCUGGAGGAGAACGUGGGCCUCUUCUACAAGGUGGCCGACCUUGACCCGCUCGGCAACGGGGCCAUGGCCCUCACGGACCGCCAGGAGCUCUUCGAGAAAUAUGGCGUCGUCGCUGGGGAGGUGGUCUCCCUCUUCCGGAAGCAUGGCGAUGAGCCCCGAGCAGACUUCCAGGUUGAUGAGGAGCUGGGUCUGGAUGAGGCCGAGCUGGCCCACUUCCUGGCCGUGCAGAGUCUGGAGCUGGUGAUGGAGUUCACGAGUGAGAACUCCUCCAGGAUAUUUGGGGCCAAAGUCCCCAACCACCUCCUGCUCUUCCUCAACAAGACGGUGGCCUCCCAGCUGGAGCUCCUGAGCGGUUUCCGAGGCGCCGCGGCCGCCUUCCGGGGCCAGGUGCUGUUUGUGCUGGCCGACGUCAGUGGGGAGGGGGCCAGCCUGCUGCAGUUCUUUGGCCUCCAGCCCGACGAGGUGCCUGCCAUCCGCUUCAUCCACAUCGAGACCAACACGAAGUAUCGCUUGGCCACCGAGGGACUGACCGGGCUGUCCAUCCGUGCCUUCUGCCAGGCUGUGCUGGAGGGUAGAGUUGAGCCUCACCUGAUGAGCAGAGAGGUCCCUGAGGACUGGGAUCGGCGGCCAGUGAAAACCCUGGUGGGCAAGAACUUUGAGCAGGUGGCCUUUGAGGAGAGCAAAAACGUCUUUGUGAAGUUCUAUGCCCCCUGGUGCCCCCACUCCAAGGCCAUGGCCGCUGUCUGGGAAGAGCUGGGGGAGAAAUACCAAGAUCACAAGGACAUCAUCAUUGCCGAGAUGGAUGCGACUGCCAAUGAGGUGGCUGAGAUCACAAUCCGGGCGUACCCCACUCUGUACUACUUCCCUGUGGGGCAGGGAAGGAAGGGCCCCAAGACAACCUCCGAGGAGCCAGAGAACCAGACAAGCCCUCCCGACCUCCGAGAGGAGCUAUGA